AUGUCAGUGACAACGCUCUCGGCUCAAAUCAACCACCUCACAGUCUCGAAGGAGGAAACUGAUAAUGAGUCUCUCUCUAUGGAGGAACUUAAUCAUACGCUGAAACUCGACUACAUCCUUGCCCACGAGCCGUUCGACGAGCUAGGUUGGCAGUAUUUCCCCAUUCCUGAAUUCGACCUCAAACCACCAAUCUUUGACUACGCAAUCGCGCUUACGCUGGACGAAAUGAAGGACUAUUUCCGUGCUCACCUCCCCGAUUCCGAGAAAAUGUUGUUUGAGCCGAACUUAAACCGCGCUUUGUGCAGGUUGAACGAUAUGUUCAGUCUCCAUCCUUUGUUGGGUAUCUCCGAUAGUGUUCCCAUCACGAGGAAAUAG